AAUUUUCAUUUUACCCCACGACAGUAAUACCCAAUCCCCGUCUCUCUACGGAAGCCGCCGCCUCCGAAACAACGCCAGCUGUGGGAGUAUACACAUCGCCGCCUCUCGGAUUUUCGCUCCAUCGCCACCAUCCCUUACCAUCCCUGAAACCGUCACCACCUUCCGUCCCCAUUAAAUCCGGCGACCUCAGAACCCUCCGCCCGUGGGCAUCCUCCGGAUCUGCUGCAAUCGAGUACCAGAUCUGUCGUCGCCGCGUGUCGGACUUACGUUUCACGACCACCGGAUCUACACUGUCAUCCGAUUGCCGGUAGAAUCUAUCGUCGGCGCCAAGACCCACCACCGUUUCCGGCACCGACCCGUCAUUUCCAUUGAUUCCGGCAGCUUCCUCUGCCGCGACCACCUGCAAUAUCUGCUGCAACCAAAUCGCACAUCGAUUUCCCCUCCAGUCAUCUGCGGUCGGUCGUUUUCAUAGCCGAUAGCGGUGAGAUCAGCAGCCUGGUAUUCCUUUGAUUGGCACUGAUUACUCACUGCCAGCUCGUGCAUCAGCUCCAUUGAAGUCGAUUGCCACUGCUGGUUCAUCGCCACCGGCCUGAUUGCAGCACUGCAUACAUCAACACGUGUCCUGCGCUGGUCCCAUCAGCCCGUUUUGUAUUUGGAGAGAGGCGGUUUGCGUUUCGCUGCAGAUCUGAUUAUAAUCUGAGCAUCAACUCGAGUUGCCGCUACCGCUUCGAGACUUCGGCAAACUCCUUAAUGCAGAUGGAUUCCGAGACUGUAACUCACAACGGUGGAUGCCACUGCAGGCGGGUGAGGUGGCAAGUCGAAGCACCGUCAAGUGUCGUCGUGUGGAAGUGCAACUGCUCCAACUGUUUGAUGAGAGCCAACACCCACUUUAUCGUCCCAUCUGCAAAGUUCAAGCUGAUGGGAGAGUCCCAACAGUUCCUUACCACCUAUACCUUCGGCACUCACACAGCCAAGCACAACUUUUGCAAGGUCUGUGGCAUAACGUCGUUCUACCUGCCUCGGUCGAACCCUGACGGCAUUGCGGUGACUGUAGCAUGUGUGGACGCAGGCACACUUACGCACGUCGAGAUCAGGCAUUUCGACGGGCAGAAUUGGGAGAAGUCCUAUGAUCAAACGUCCAUAGCGUCAUAUUCUAAAUCAGUGGAUGGAACGCCAAGGUGAUUACUCAAACAUGUGAAAAUGAAGAUAUUGAAAUGGAGGCUUGCAUUUUCUAGCUAGUCUGUCAUCACUGUUGAGAUCUGGUUGGUCAUUGCAUGGGCUUGCUCUUAGCCCAAAAAUCAAACAGUGAUUAGCAAUCCUAGCCAUCUGCUAGGCCAAUACUAGUCCGUUGAACGUUGAUCAUUGCUCUUUUCCUUU